UCCACCCUCGUUUUAUUCAGGUUCUGGGAGCAGCGGGGGGAGCAGGGUGGAGGAGAAGCGCUGAUGAAGCCGCUUAGAGCCGCUGCAGAACUCCGUUAAACCGCGUUAAAAUGCUGGAAUAGAUCCGGAAGAAGCUCCGGGAGGCGGUGGAGAAGGCUGGAGAAGUUUCCGAGCAGCGCGGGGUGAGGAGGAACUUUAUCCGGGGAGCUGCGGACUCAGCAUGGCGCUCAGGGCCAGGGCUUUAUAUGACUUUGUUUCUGAGAACCCGGGAGAGAUCUCCGUGGUGGAGAGCGAGCUUCUGACUCUGUACAGCGAGGAGGUGGUGGACGGCUGGCUGGAAGGAACCAACAGUAGGGGUGAGUCUGGACUUUUCCCAGCAUCCUAUGUGGAAAUACUUAGCAGGAGUGAUAAAGAACUUCCAGUUCAGGGCAAUGGAGAAGCUUACCACCCAAAUUCUGCCUCUAACUUUGAGUAUUCCUAUCAAAAAAGUGUCCAACAAGGAGAUACAUCCACUGAAUCCACUCCUACCAGAGGUUACCCUAGUUAUUCCUAUCAUUCCACCAGUCAGGGAAGCGACGAGGACUGGGACGACGACUGGGACGAAGGUCCGACUCCUUCAAACGAUCCAAGUGCGGCACCUGGCAAAGGUACGGUUGGCAGUACCCUACAAUCAACAUCUUCUAACUUUUCUGCUUCACCACGCCGUGGAAGUUCCCAACAGCAGUCUAGAAGCACAGCAACCGUGGGCAGGAACCUCAACCGCUUCUCCACAUUCGUCAAAUCCGGUGGAGAAGCUUUUGUCCUUGGCGAAGCUUCCGGUUUUGUAAGAGAAGAAGACAAAAUCUGCGUAGUCAUGGGCCAAUUCGGUCCAGAGUGGCAGCAGAACCCUGUCCCCUUUACGUGCACCAUUGACGACCCUACCAAGCAGACCAAGUUCAAAGGGAUGAAGAGCUACAUGUCCUACGGUCUUACGCCAAGCCAUACGCAAAGCCAGGUGAACCGGCGCUACAAGCACUUUGACUGGCUUUACGCUCGGCUGGUGGAAAGAUUCCCCGUAAUUUCCGUGCCCCAUCUUCCAGAGAAGCAAGCCACCGGCCGCUUCGAGGAGGAUUUCAUCACCAAGCGCAGGAAGGGCUUGGUUUGGUGGAUGAACCACAUGACAACGCAUCCGGUACUGUCGCGAUGUGACGUCUUCCAACACUUCCUGACCUGCAGCAGCACUGACGAGAAGGCCUGGAAGCAAGGCAAGCGCAAGGCGGAAAGAGACUGCCUGGUAGGCGCCAACUUCUUCCUCACCAUUGUUCCACCGGUCGCUCCUCUAGACUUGCAGGAGGUCGAGAGCAAAGUGGACGGCUUCAAGGCCUUCGCCAAGAAAAUGGACGAGAACCUCACGCAGGUCAACGUCACGCUGGGCGAGUUCGCCAGGAAGCAGUUGACCGGCUUCAGGAAGGAGUAUCAAAGAGUGGGCCAGGCCUUCCAGCUCCUGGGUCAGGCCUUCGAGCUGGACCAGCAGGAGUACUCCGUCAAGCUGAACCAGGCCAUCGGCUUCACCUCGCAGGCCUACGAGGCCAUCGGGGACUACUUCGCUGAGCAGCCGCGCCAGGACUUGGAGCCAGUCUCAGACCUUUUAGCCAUUUACCAAGGGCACCUGGCGAACUUUCCAGACAUCAUCCACGUUCAGAAAGGAGCUCUGACCAAAGCGAAGGAGAGCCAGCGGCACAGCGAGGAGAAGGACGGCCCCGCCGGGAUCCACGAACGCUGCAACAUCAUUUCCUGCGCCACGCUGGCCGAGAUGCAGCACUUCCACCGAACACGUGUGCGAGACUUCAAAGCACAGAUGCAGCACUAUCUCCAGCAGCAGAUCAUCUUCUACCAGAGGAUCACAGGAAAGCUGGAGGAGACCCUGCACAUGUUCGAUCAGGCUUAACCUGGAGAAAAAAUGCCUUCUGGAUCAGAGCAAGUCUCUACAGAUACAACCCCAAACCUGAGAAAUGCUGAGACAGUGUGGAAAUGAACACAAAUAAGAUAAAAAUGCAGUGUUUCUUACAUUUACUUACUUUUUAAUUGACUUUUAUUUGAUUGCAGACAGUGUGAACAUUAGACAUCCAUGCAUUUCUCAACAAAACAAUGCACAACCACAUGCUGCACACAUUGUUAAGGCAUGGCUGUGGAGGAAUAGGCCUUCCUGCAGUCCUGUCAAAUGAUUUACCAGCUGCAGUAGCUUGCAAAAGUAUUGAUACCCCUUGAGUUUUUCCACAUUUUGUCAUUUUACAACCACAAACUUUUAUUUAAUAAAUAUUUUAUUGAGAUUUAAGUGGAUAGACAAACACAAAGUAUUGCACAAGUGUGAAGUGAAACAAAAAUGAUACAUGGUUUUUAAUAUUUUUUAUCAAAUAAAGAUCUGCAAAAGUGUGACGUGCAAAAGUUUUCAGCCCCCUUAUAUUAUAUCAAAACUUAGUAGAGCCACCAUUUGCAGGAAUUACAACUGUAAGUGCUUUGGAUUUUGUCUCUACCAGCUUUGAUCAUCCAUAGACUGAGAUUUUUGGCCAUUCUUCUUUAUUAAACAGCUAAAUACUUUUACACUUCACACUUUGUCUAUGUGAAUUUUUAUGUAAAAAGUUUGAAAACCACGUAUCAUUUUUAUUUCACUUCACACUUAUGCAGUACUUUGUGUUUGUCUGUCACCUAAAUUCCUAAUAAAAUACGUUUUAGUUUGUGGUUGUAAGGUGACAAAAUGUGGAAAAGUUCAAGGGUUAUGAAUACUUUUGCAAGCCACUGUAUAUUUAGUCAACUAUAGCUAUAUUUAGCUAUAUUCAUUCCAAACACUCGGACUUAAUCCAUCCAAACUAUGAAGCAAAACAUAUGGAAUUAUUUGAGAAACACAAAAGUGUUAAACAAUCCAAAAUACAUUUUAUAUUUUACAUUCUUCAAAGUAGCACCUCUUAUUUAGAUGAUCAGUUUUACACAUCUCUGCUGGAUUUUCUCAGUCAGUUUUAUGAGGUAGAGUUACCUGGAAUUCAGGCUUUCAGUUAACAGCUGUGCUGAACUCAUCAAGAGUUAAUUACUUAAAUUUCUUGUCUCUUAAUAAAGUGUUUGAGAGCAUCAAUUAAAGUAAAGUAGUGAAGAGGUAGAGUUACAGGUAUACAGUGAAUAGUGAAUAUUUGAGUAAUGUUCUAAUCCAGAUUAUAAGAAGAAAUACUCAACUAAGUAAAGAAAAACAUACUUUUAGGACAUUUCAAAAACACUUUUAAAAGUAUUCUUAAGUGCAUUCAGCACAAAGACCAUCAAAAACGUUAUAAUGAUGAAACUGGCUCUCAUCAGGACCGCCCCAGGAAAUGAAUCAUUAAGAGUUUCCUCUUUUAUACAGGAUGAGUUCAUCAGAGUUACCAAGCUCAAAAAACGCAAGUUUCGGUUUGUUUAACACUGUUUUUAAGUUACUACAUGAUUCUUUAUGUGUUCCUUCAUAGUUUGGAUCACUUCAAUAUUUAUUUACUGUGUUUUAAAUCAUAAAAACAAUGAAUGAGAAGGUGUGUCCAAACAUUUGACUGGUACUAUACAUCCAUUCCUGUAUUACCAGGCCUGUAAAGCAUUGACCACUGUACCCCUAAUUUGUAAUGUUGCCAUUCCUUCUCACAGCAUUUAAAAGAUGUUUUGCACAGAUAAUACCAAUAGACCACGAGCCCUAUUUUAGUGAUCAAUAGUGCACCGGUCAAAUGCGAAUCGUGCAGCUUGAUUUAGGGCGCAAAAUAAUACGCAUUGUGCAGUUCAAAAUGCACAUUAGGCAGAACUAACUCUCAUAAUUAACCAUGGGUGUGGCGUAACGUGAAAUAAACCAAUCAGUGAGCCAGUAGUCAUUCCUCCCUUUAAGAGUCAGGUGAGCUCUGACUUUGGCGCAUUCGUAUCUUAACAGCGCUGCGCUUUUGCGCGUCUCAGCAGAGAAAGAUACUGAGCUGCUCGUUCACACUGUGAAGAUACACCAGCAGCUUAUUUAAGAGAAACACAAAGUUAUUUUAUUCUUUAUUCGUAUUAUUUGUUGAUGAGCAACACUCUUGCAUGACUAAGAUAGGAUUGGGAAGCUGACUGUUGACUGUUGGCAGGGUUUUAAUCAGUCAGUGGAGCUCCUGUGUUUUCCACCGACAAAAUAAAUAGAAACACGCUAGAAAUUUACCUGAACACACCUCACUUCCAGCAGACAACCACACCCAUCAGUGUAGAUUUAUUCCUAAACUCUAAACUACGCUAUUUUAACAGUGUGAGUUCAAGACAUACAAAAAUAGACUGGUGAUGAGGUGUAAGAUAGCAAUGAGCAUUGUGGCAUGCCUAACUAGUGUUAAAAUUUUGUUUCAUUUUUACUUGCUGAAAAAUGGAUGAAUUAAUGUCUGCAAUCAACUAAAAGUCAAAAUAAAUGAAAAAUGUAACUUUUUAUUGGUAUCUUCCAUACUGUCACAACUUUUUCUGAGUUUUUUUGAGGCUGUAAAGUGUUAAACUCAACAGAACUGACGAAACAGUUAAACAGUGUUUUUUUUUCUCUUUUUUUUUUUUUUUUUUUUUUUUUUUUUUUUUUUUUAAGAAUUUAUUGAAUUAUAGAGUAGUUAAUUUUCCGAAUAUUCAGAACCGAGUGGAUUCCGCUGAUAAAGACUGAUAUGUGACUGUGGACACAGAACAAUGCAAAGAAACAUGAGUCUUUUCAUUGAAAAAAAGGAAAUACAUUGAAUCCAGUGUGUACGAAUGAAUCAUUUCCAUGUGAGUAAACCACUGUAUUUCAA